AUGCCUCGCGCCAGCGCAAGUGGCGAGCCUCCCCGGCAUCAGCGAACCUACCGGGCGUGCACAGCGUGCCGUGCCGCUAAAUUACGGUGCGACCUCGGCCCCGUCGACGCCCCCGAGGACCUGCCGUGCCGCCGCUGCCGACGCACAGGUCGCAAGUGCGAGUUCACCGAGUCUUAUCAGCGGAAGCGGUCACGCACGGACAGUGCGCUCUCGGGAAGUGCGGCCCCAGCAUCAGGAAGCACGCCGCGCGCCCGCUUCGACGAUGCGCAGCCGCGGUAUGAGGAGCGCCGCACGCGGCCCGAUGACCCGCCGCCCCGCCUCGACCUCGUGGGGGGCAAUCUUGAGACGCCUGCGGACGCGCUGCGCCUCCUGUCCUCCGUGUCGGCCCAACAGCCUGCCACUUCUGAGGCGGCGCUUGCGCAUACGUACGACCCAGCCUUGGAGGGCGAGGUGUGGAACCGCUGGUCACCUGUCCGGGAGGGCCUCCUGACAAGCGGCGAAGCUGGCGCCCUUGUGGGCUUCUACGCCCGCAACAUCAACCCCUGCCAUCCCGUGGUAUCGGUCGAGCUGUUUGACGAUCCCUCGCUCCUCCUCCAAGAGCCGCUGCUCGUGGGCGCAAUCACAUGUACUGCGGCACGCUAUGCGGACCUUGGGCCAAGCUUCGACGCGCGCGAGCCCAGUCGAGCCCGCGUAGUACAGGCCCGCAUUGUCGAGUGGCUUCUUGGCCGGAUCGCGCGCCUUGUCAUGGGCUCCAGCUCUAUGCGGACUAUCGGGACAGUGGAAGCGUUGCUGAUUCUCAGCGAGUGGCCGCCUCGCUCGAUGCUGGUCGAGGACAGCGUGGGCGAUGCGUGCCCAAGCAGCGCCUGCAAGCACCAAGAUGACGUGGCGUGGACUAAUGUGGCGCUCGCCGUGCGAAUUGCACAGGAGGUCGGGUUGCACGACGAGACAACAUACUUGCCCGUCAACACUUCCGACUGGCAGACACGGCGAAGAGUGCAUGUAUGGAUCCAAUGUAUGAGCGCCGACCAGCACAUCGCUGGCCGUCUGGGACGAGACUCACUGAUAUCAACAAAAAUGGCCACGAGCUGGUGGGACCAGUUCUUCCUCAUGUCCUGCGAGCGACUGGAUCACAGGGCGCAACCCAUCCCCCGCGCCCGCCCCUUCUGGCGCCAGUCUCGCGUUAAUGCGGAGCACGCGCACGUCAUCGCUGUCUGUCACCAAACGCUGUAUCCCUCCCCGGCGGUGACGGCGGACCUCAUCCGCACAGGGAGAUUCCAAAGCUUCCUUGACCGGCUCAAGCCCGAGUUGGAUCAUCUGUGGACGUGGGCGACAGGCGGGCUCGACUCAGAUGCGGACGGGGCCGUGCGAUCACCAGAUCAGCGAAGGAGCGUGGAUAUCAAUCGCAUUUUCUGGCGCAUUGACCACGACUACGUUCGAUUAUAUGCCAACGCCAUUGCGAUGCGUGCUGCCGUCUCACGCCUGCUUCGUGGUGCACCUAUGCCCGGGCAACGCACGCCAGGCGGCGAGCGUAUUAUGGCAACCACCGUGAUCAUCUCCGUCGAAGGCUUGCAAAUGAUCGAGGCUGUGGACUCAGCCGUCGCCCUCCUGGAACAUGGUAUUGAGUGCCAUCGUCGCGGCGUCCUUCGCUUCUGCCCUGGACGGACGUUCCAGCGUAUUCUAUUCGCCGCCGUCUUCCUCAUGAAGGCGCUCUCGCACGGCGCCGUUGCGGAAAAAGAACCAGCGGUGCUCGACCUGCAGCAUCAGAUGCUGACAUGCUUCCGCGAAGCUGCAGUAGACGACGAGCACAUCGCAGCAGAAAUCGCGCGGCUGCUCGAGAAGGUGUUCCCCGCCCUGCCUACCCUGCCUCCCCCAACUCUCCCCGCUAUGCCCCUCCCAGCCGACCCCGAACUGGAACAGAGCAGCAGUUUCGACCUCGGUGUCGGUCUCGGAAGCGACGCAGCGCCAGAAGAAGACGUCUUCGCCAAUUGGGGCUUCGAUCCCGUGCUCAUUCUUAAUGAAAUGGAUGCGUUCAUCCAGACUAUGGACAGAUAG